AAUCCAUUCACAGCAUUCAAAGAGUUGGGUAAUCAUGAGACUCUUGAUCGUAUUGCUGUUGGCAGUUAUUUCCUACGCCACGGGCAGCUAUGUCCGAGUGUGUUACCACACUAACUGGUCUCAGUACCGACCAGGAGCUGGCAGAUACUUCCCUGAGAACAUCGACCCGUUUCUCUGUACCCAUUUAGUGUACUCCUUCGCAAAGAUUGCACAGGACAACACAUUGGCCAUGUUCGAAUGGAACGAUGAUAAACUCUACCCSAGGUUCAAUAACCUUAAGAAGAAGAACCCAGCUCUCAAGACUCUGUUGGCUGUAGGCGGUUGGAACCACGAGAACUACAACAGCCCCUUCUCGAGGAUGGUGAGGACAGCAGCCACCAGGAAAGUGUUCAUUGACUCCUCCAUCAAGUUGCUGCGAACGUGGGGAUUUGAUGGGUUUGAUCUGGACUGGGAGUACCCYGGUGUCAAGGAUCGUGGUGGAUCCCCUCCUGAGGACAAGCAGAGGUUUACCGUYCUUUGCCAGGAAUUGUUGGAUGCUUUCAAACGGGAGGCUCAAGAAACAAACAGACCAAGACUCCUCCUCACCGCUGCCGUAGCUGCAGGCAAAGGAACCAUCGACAAGGCCUACGAGGUUCCUAAGAUUGCUCAGAUCCUUGACUUGAUCAACUUGAUGGCCUACGACUUGCGUGGAAAGUGGGAAUCCAAUACUGGUCACCACACCGCUCUUGUUGGACCCCCAGGCGAGAUCUUGACAGUUUCAUUUGCUGUUCAGUAUUGGAUUGACAAGGGUGCACCAGCCAAUAAGAUUGCUCUUGGCAUGGGAACCUAUGGUCGCGCAUUCAAGUUGGUUAACGCAAACGAUAACGGUUUGGGAGCACCUGCCCGUGGAAACCCCACAAAAGGACAGUACACUCGCGAAUCUGGUUUCUUGGCGUACUACGAGAUCUGUAAAAUGAAUCUGAAGAGAACCUCAACGGAGCAGAGCGCAGUCAAGGCACCCUACGGAUAUGUCAACGACCAAUGGGUAGGAUAUGAUGAUCCAUCCAGCUUAAAGUUGAAGGUCGAUCAGAUCAUUAAAGCCAAGGGUUUAGCUGGUGCCAUGUUCUGGGCUCUUCCUUUGGAUGACUUCAGUGGAAAUUUUUGUGGUCAGGGACCAUACCCAUUGAUGAACGCAGUCAAGAGAUAUCUUGGUGGUGGUGGACCUUCUCCUCCUAUAGGUCCUACUGAUCCUGCUACCCAACCACCAGUUACCCAGCCACCAGUUACCCAGCCACCACCACCCAGCGGACCCUGCAAGGCCAUCCCACCUUACGAUACCCAGCCUGGCAUGAAUGACUGGUGCAAUCAAAUGUGUGCUCUCGGAAACUGCCCAGCAACUCACUGCGUAUGCGCUUAACUUGGUUUUGAGCCAGCCAGUGAUUAAAAAAAAACACAACAAAAUGAUCUAAAACUGAWCGAGUAUCGAUACUAGGUACUUGUAUUUUUACCUUUAAGAUUCAUAACGAUUACAACUGAACAAACUGUAAUUACCUUCUUAACCAUUAAAAUACGAUUUCUUUGA